GUGAUUGGGUUUCCCUGGAUGGUACAUCCAUUGACGGAUGGGUUCAAGACGUGGGAAGUUUCUACACAAAGGUGGUCCAGUGGGACAAGAGACCGAUCUACGUGCCCAACUACAAGCUCAUGUCCAUGAAUGUCCAGAACAACUCUCGCAUGACACAUCGCCGGAUCAAGUAUGACUUAAAUCUGAGGCUUCGAGACAUACCGAACAUCCCGCAGAUUGUUCGUGACAUGCAGGAGAUGAUCAAUGAGCAUGAAGACAUUGAUCACAUCCA